AUGGCUGAGGCCGACGCCGUGCCCACCUUUGGCGCAGAGCUCAAGGAUGGCUUUAAACCCGCCAACGCCUGGGUAGGCCACGGCAUUGCCUGGUUCGAGGAUAUCCAGCAGUUCUACCGCGAGCGCGCCGCCAUCGAGAAGGAAUAUAGUCAAAAGCUCACUAUGCUCGCCAAGAAAUAUUUCGAAAAGAAAAAUAAGAAGACGUCCCAGCUGAGCGUCGGAGACACUCCUGCCAUGACCCCCGGCUCCCUCGAGAGUGCCUCCUUAACUACAUGGACUACCCAGCUCACCACUCUCGAGUCCCGCGCCAGCGAGCACGACCGAUACGCAAACAACCUCCUCUCCCAGGUCGCAGAGCCACUCAAGUUCUUUGGCGGCCGCUGCGAGGAGCUGCGCAAGCGCCAUGCCGAAUACGCCGAGAAGCUCGAACGCGAGCGAGAGACUUCAUAUGCCGACUUGCGCAAGAACAAGGGCAAGUACGACGCCGUCUGCCUGGAAGUCGAAGCGAAGCGCAAGAAGUCUGAGUCUCAUUACGACAAGGCCAAGGCCCAGAGCGCCUACCAGCAGCAGGUCUUUGAGAUGAACAACGCGAAGAAUAGUUACAUUAUUGCCAUCAACGUUACCAACAAGCAGAAGGAGAGGUACUAUCACGAGUAUAUCCCAGAGGUCAUGGAUAGUCUACAAGACCUCAACGAGUUCCGGACAAUUAAGCUUAACAACCUCUGGGGGGUUGCGACUCAACUCGAGUCAGAUAUGUUACAGCAGAGCAAUGGUAUGGUCGAGCACCAAGGCACCGAGAUCAAGAGGAACUUACCGCAUCUCGACUCGAUGAUGUAUAUCCAGCAUAACUUGGGAACCUUCAACGAACCCCCUGACAAGAUGUUCGAGCCUAGCCCAGUGUGGCACGAUGACGGCGCCAUGGUCGUGGAUGAUACGGCUAAAGUGUAUCUUCGAAAUGUGCUGAGCAAGUCGAAAUCACAACUGGGCGAGCUGAGGAGAGAGGUGGAUAAGAAGCGCAGAGAAGUCGAGGGACUAAAACGCACGAAACAGCGCAUCAGGGAAGGCACUGAGAAGAAGGACGAAGCCGAGGUUGUGCGCAUCCUCUUUUCAAUGCAGGAGGAGCUUCACGCCAUCGACCGCCAGCGGCUUACGGCCGAGGUCGAGACAUCGACUAUCACCUCCGUCGUCGGAGACGUCACGCUCGGCGCCAAAAACCACAACUUCAAGGGCCAGACAUUCAAGAUCCCGACCAACUGCGACCUCUGUGGUGAGAGGAUCUGGGGCCUGAGCGCCAAGGGCUUUGACUGCAGAGACUGCGGCUACACGUGCCACAGCAAGUGCGAGAUGAAGGUCCCCCCCGACUGUCCUGGCGAGCAGACCAAGGAUGAGCGCAAGAAGCUCAAGGCCGAGCGCCAGGACUCGGCCAACAAGCUCCUCAAGCCCAGUGCUACCAUGACGUCGCAAACAUCGUCCGACGGGCCAGAACUGACCCGCUCCAACACCAUGAACUCGCUCAGCUCGCAUUCUGCACGCCCGUCCCUAUCAGGCUCAGUCUCUGGACCGCGCAGCCCCGCCGAGGAGACGCCGCCAGAGGUAGUUCCGCGGCCCAGCGUCUCAUCGGCCAAGUCACCCAGCGCGCGCAAGAAUCGAGUUAUGGCCCCACCCCCUACUGCCUACAUCAACGACGGACCGGGAGCACCCGCGCCAAAUGGCGGAGAGAAGGAGGAGAAGAAGGGCAAGAUGCUGUACGGGUUUGAUUCAGGGUCCCCGGGCGAGCUGACGGUCCCAGAGGGCCGCGACGUUGUGUUGCUCGAACCAGAUGAUGGCUCCGGCUGGCUCAAGGUCCGCGCCGGCUACAAGGAAGGCCUAGUCCCGGCCUCCUACGUCGAGAUGAUCGAGUCGCCCGGCCCCUCUGCGGCCGCGCCCUCCGCCUCCGCCCGUCCCUCGUCUACGUACUCUACCUCUACCACCUCCUCCGCCACAGGCAAGAAGAAGGGCCCCACCGUCGCCCCGCGGCGCGGCGCCAAGAAGCUCCGAUACGUCGAGGCCGUUUACGAGUACGCGGCGCAGUCCGAGGCUGAGCACUCCAUGGUCGAGGGCGAGCGCUUCGUCCUCGUCACCGAGGACCCCGGCGAUGGCUGGGUCGAGGUCGAGAAGGCCGGCGUCACGGCGAGUGUGCCCGCGAGCUAUGUCCAAGCCGUCGUCUAG